AUGCCUAAAGGUAAGAAAUUCAAUGAGGAAAGGGGCAAUGGAAGCAGUAAAUCGGUAAAAGCCCGCAUCCGCGACAUCAGGCGUCUGUUAAAACGAGAUGACCUCGUUGCCACUGUCAGGGUAGAAAAAGAACGUAUGCUGGAGAUGUUAGAAAGCGAUCUGAAAGAGAAACAGAAUCAGGAAUUGGAGAAGAAACUCACAGAAAAAUACAAAAUGGUCAAGUUCUUUGGUAUGUUCAUUUUGCAUCAACGUGUUUAUGUGGUGCAAUACCCUGCUAACGGGUUUGUUGAUGAAGCGACCGUUUCGUAUAAUUUGCAUGUUGUGUACAAAAUCGACCGAUUGCCUCUACGCAUUAACGGUUUCGGACACAACUUAAUAUAG